CUCUCCCGGGGUGUGUGUGUGUGUGUGCGCGUUGCUGUUGUUCAACCACUUUCUUACCGUAAGAGGGAGUUGGGACCCAGAGCUUUUCCAGUCAAUCACACAACCAAACUUGGCUCAUCGCAAUAAAAAGCAGCUCGGCGCGCUCUUUGCCUCGUCUUGCAUCUCCUCCUUUCACCACCUUGGGCGACCUUUGGAUACUGUUAUUUCUUCAAAAUAUAUUUAUAUCAUAAUCAAAAGCAACCUCUCCAUCAACCACUCAUGUGGGCCAUCCAGCUGUUUCCACUUGGGCUCGUCUUCCUUCACUCUCUCCUCACCAUCCCUUUGGCAGAGAGCAAAGGGAAAAGAAAUGCUCUUCAUGACUACAAAAAAACAUCGGAUACCUUAUUAGUGGGAACAGAUAAGGCACUGAAAGUGAAAACUAAGCUGCUGAACUCCACGGAACAGUGUGCCAAGAGAUGCAACAGAAGCAAAGGACUCCCAUUUGCCUGCAAGGCUUUUGUCUUUGAUAAAGCUACCAAACGCUGUCGUUGGUUGUCCUUCACUAGUCUCGGCAGUGGAAUAGUGAGGAGGCAUAACAACACAUUUGAUCUUUAUGAAAAGAAAGAUUAUGUCAGAAAUUGUAUUGUCGGCAAAGGAGCAAAUUAUAAAGGAACUGUAUCAGUUACCAAAAGUGGAAUCCGGUGUCAAGCAUGGAAUUCCACAAUCCCUCAUGAGCACAGCUUUUUGCCUUCGAGCUAUCGAGGUAAAGAUCUUCGAGGAAACUUCUGCCGGAACCCGCGAGGAGAAGAAGGUGGACCCUGGUGUUUUACAAGCAACCCAGAAAAACGUUAUGAAGUCUGUGACAUACCCCUUUGUUCCGAAGCUGAAUGCAUGACAUGCAAUGGGGAAGGAUAUAGAGGCCCAAUGGACCAUACAGAAACCGGCAAAGAAUGCCAGCGCUGGGACCUUCAAAGACCACAUAGGCACCCAUUUCGUCCAGAGAAAUACCCUGACAAAGGCUUUGAUGAUAAUUAUUGCCGCAAUCCGGAUGGUAAGCCAAGGCCCUGGUGUUACACUCUUGACCCCAAUACGCCUUGGGAGUAUUGCAACAUUAAACCAUGUGAUCAGCGCAUAGAGAACAACUCUGUAUCAGUGACUGAAACAACUGACUGUAUCAGAGGACAAGGGGAGGGGUACCGUGGUACUGUGAACACCAUAUGGAGUGGUAUUGAAUGCCAGCGAUGGGACUCACAGAUGCCUCAUCAACAUAACUUCACAGAAGAGAACUUUAAAUGCAAGGACUUAAGAGAGAACUACUGUCGAAAUCCAGAUGGAGAGGAGGCACCCUGGUGUUUUACUACCAAUCCUAAAAUUCGAAUUGGGUAUUGCUCUCAUAUACCCAAAUGUGAUGUGCCAAAUGAGCAAGAUUGCUACCGAGGGAAUGGGGCGAAUUAUAUGGGAAAUGUAGCCCGCACCCGGUUUGGCUUAACUUGCUCUCCGUGGGAUCAAAACAUACAAGAUUUGAAGAGGCACCUGCCAUUGGAAAAAGACCUAGAUAUUAGCAAGCUGAAGAAAAACUAUUGUCGCAAUCCAGACCAAAAUGCUCAUGGUCCCUGGUGCUACACAAAUGAUCCUCAGGUCCCCUGGGAUUAUUGCCCCAUAUCCCAAUGUGAAGAUGAUAAAGUUCCUGUGAUGACCAAUAUAGAUCCUAUUAUCAUUCCUUGUAUCUCAACAAAACAACCAAGAGUCGUUAAUGGAAUUCCAACUCAACCUGACAAAGGAUGGAUGGUUAGUUUGAAAGACAGCAGAGGCAGACAUUUCUGUGGUGGUUCAUUGGUACAGGACAACUGGAUCCUAACCGCAAAGCAGUGUUUUCCUUCUCGGUAUAACCUCAAUGAUUAUCAAGCUUGGCUUGGAAUUCAUAAUGUUGAAAGAGCCCAUGAAGAGGAGCAUAAACAAGUUCUGAAUAUCUCCCAGUUGGUGUAUGGCCCCCAAGGAUCCGAUCUAGUAUUGCUGAAGCUUUCCAGACCUGCAGUAAUCAGUGAGGCUGUGGCUACCAUCAGGCUGCCCAUUACUGGAUGUACCAUUCCAGAAGGCACCACCUGCACUGUGUAUGGAUGGGGACAUACAGGACGCACCACCUUUGAUGGGAGACUCCAAGAAGCAAACAUGAUCAUUGUGGGAAACGAGCGCUGCAAUCAAGAUCUGGGAGGCAAUGUAGUUGUGAAAGAGUCAGAAAUGUGUGCUCGAGCUGAGAGUAUUGGCAGUGGAACUUGUGAGAGAGAUUAUGGUGGUCCACUGGUCUGUGAACAAAACCGAAUUAAAAUAGUUGUGGGAGUGAUUAUUCCUGGACGUGGAUGCGCAAUUCCCAGGCGGCCUGGGAUUUUUGUCAGGGUGGCCUUCUACUCAAAGUGGAUACAUAAAAUCUUGAUGACUUACAAAUCAUAGCUGAACAUUCUAGCCAAGUGAGCAAAUUUCAGCCAUGGGAAUAUUUUGGAAAGUAUGAAAUCGAAUUGCAAUAGGAAAAUCCUUAAUUUUUUUAAAGGAAAACAUGACACCAAUCAAAUACUACUUGAUAGUUGUGUUUUGCAGAUAUUUAUGGAGAUUGCUAUCAUGUUCUGUGUCCUAGUUGCAUUACAUGACAUGAACUGUGGUAAAAGCAAAUGUGAUGACCUAUUUCCUGAAGAUACUUGAAUGGAAAGCAACAUUGCAAAUUUGAUUACUGGAUGAGGAUACGUUCUGUAGAAUUAGAAUGUCCAAUUUCUUAAUCUGCUGCUGGUUAGGUCAGCUUGUUGAUGAGACACAAAUACAAUUUGAGAUUUACAAUAUUUUUCUUUACUUUUGUAAGCCUCUUAUUUCUUCUUUAGGACAUUGAUAAAUGUGUCCCUCAAUCAGACGUGAAGGUCUUGUUUGCUAAAAGUUUGGUUUCAAUUUUAUUUCAAUCACCUUUACAAAUGACUGCUUGGAUUUAUAGCCCGGUUUAGCAACGUUUCGACUGGCUAUAUUCCCUGAAGACAGGGAAGUUUCUUGCACAUGCUGUUUAUGGGAUUUGAUACUAUGUUUGCUGCUGUUUUGGACUAUAAAAAAAUCUCCUAAAUUAAUGGAUAUUUUUAGAAGCACUGAUAACAAUAUAUAAGCCAUUAUGAUUAUUAUGUUUUUGAAUUAGAAUGUUUUUUUCUAUAAAUAUUUGCAACGAAGUAUAGAAGAUUCCAAGAAAUUGAUUCUGGCAUCAAAUGUUAGACCGUAUGGACUGGCAUCAAAAUACAUUCAUUGUGAGUUUAUUGUGUCUGCAGUGAUUUUGAUCCCAGAUCCCUGAACAGCACCAGCUCACCAUGCCAUAGGACAAAAUACUUCAACACUGAGAAGUCAUUCAAUUUGUGCUAUAACAUGCAGAUAUGAAAAAGGCAAAAGUCUACUGGUCAUAGCUAGAUUCGGUCUUUAGUUACCAACCUAGGUCAGUACUUAAUCCUUGUCCUUCUCUAUAUCUCUCAGUGUAGUAUUUCCCAAACAUGUAGCUCCAUAGGGCAUUGGGCUCCAACAUUUAGAAAAUAUGACUGGCUAGAGUUGUAGUCCAACAUCAGCAGGGAUUCAGUGCUUGGAAACCAUUGUCUUAAUAGCCCGUUGGGGAGAAGUGGCCUAUUUAAUCUGUGUUUCGUCUUUUUUAAGAAAUUCAGACACUGCUUUUUCUCUGCAAAGUCAUUCUAGAAUUUGCAGCAGAGUAGCUCUGAAGGAUAUUUUAAAUUUCUCAAUGACAUUCCCCCAAAUUCUCUCUUACAGCUUUCAGCCACUUUACAGACACAAGUUGCUUGACAAUCCUUAGCCAAGUUUCCAGAUCUUUAUUCGUGUUUCAAUGCAGUGCUUGAAUCUGGGAUGUGGAACAGCAAAUGGUAGUUUUGAAAACUGAUGUACAUUUUAUUUAAUUGAAAUAAGUACGUAAACUGCAUUUAGUGACAAUACCAAGCUGCAUUAAAAUACUGUAUUUGUCCUGAAAAGGUCAAGAAUGCUUUCAUAUUAUGGGAUGUUAGAAAGGGUUUAGUCCUUUCUUUUACCCUAAAUAUCAUUUGUCAUGAUUUAGAUCUACAACGCAGUAGAAAAUAACAGUUUAGCAUUAUGCAUCAUCAUAUAUGAACUAGCUUUCUUAUAUCUUUUUAUGUGAGAUCAGGUAAUUAAUGGUAAUAUUUUUUCAAAAUUCUUCAGAAGUUUGUUCCAGUAUUCACUGGCCCUAUAGAUGCUUAUUGUUCCUUCAGAAGUGGAGAGAUAAUUGAUUUAUAACAGGAGUGGGCAGAGUAUAUUUUUUAUUGUUGUUUUACUGGAAGCCUGAAAUCUACUAACCAGAGCUAUAAAUGCAUGCAUUUAGCACUAGAAAUUUCUGAGCUCAGGAACUUAUUUUGAGUAACAGCAUUGACAUUCCUUCUACAAUAAAAUUCACUUUGCUUGUUCCAAAUUUUCCUCAUAUUAACAGUAUCAUUUAGUCAUUUCUCUAUUGGUAUUGUUAAACACAGAGGAGUUGGAAGUAUUUCCUAUUAAAAAUUACCAAGCAACAAUGUAAAUCUUCAUUACUCUAAUUCUCAAAAGAAACAUCUCUUUCCUUUGUGAAAAGAAGUCUACAAAUUAUGCAGACUUUUUUGCUGUUUGAGACUUAUUCUGUGAAAAAAUCUUACAUGAUAUUUUUGAGCAUAAGAUAGCAUUUUCUAUACAGGAAUCAGAAUUUUCUGCACAGAAAAAUUGUGUUUCAUGUUGAAAUAUCUAUGAAAAAAGAUCUGUUUUCUGUGAAGUUUGGGACUAACUGUGCAAAUUGCAAUACAAGUUUUAUGCUGAAUAAGUCUUGAACUGCAAAUAAGUUUGUCAGUCCAGGAUUCAGAUUUACUGAUACUUGAGAUUUUUGGGGGGGUGGGGGGUGGGGGAGAACAUUUUCAAAUGUUCUUUCCAUCCCUAUGAAUGAGAUAUCUCCCAAUAGACAAAGAUCUGCAAUUUUUUUAUUCAUGUAUGCCACCCAGGCUCCUGUUUAGUGAAAAUUAAAUUUCCUUUGAAACAGAAUGUGAGUGUGCUUAGAAAUACAACUUUUGCAAGAUCACAAUUUUGUAUGUGCAAACUCUCACAAAGGGCUGCAGGUUUAUAUCCUUGUAUUUUCAAAAAUCAUUAACAAGCUGACUCCCAUAAUGAGGUGUAGAUGUGAAUUUAUGACUUGCACUGAUAAAGCAAUAGUGGUGUCUGUAGUAAGCUUCUUCUGGUGUGAUUCCUAUAAUUUAUAAUCUCAUUAUGAACUAUAAAAAACAAUUGCCUUGUUCCAAAAUAGUAGAGGGCUGCUUUGUAGGGAAAAAAAUGAAAUUGUUUGUUAUCAAGUAUAUACUCAAAGCAAUUAAUGUUGUUUUUAAAUGAGGGUUUCUAUGUUGGAAAUAAAAAUCUUCACUUAUUUUUUAUUUCUUGCACAUGGAAAAAAAUAAUUACAAAGGUUUUCUUCCUACUGGGUACAACUAUGACUGUUUUUGUGCAUUUUGAAUAAAUUUUGUAUUUUGGCAGUUCUUUUUUAAAAAAAAUAUUUUGCAGGAAGAAAUAGUUUAUGAUAAAACAUUUUGUGUUAAAAGGGAAUUUUUUUUGUGGGAAUUUUCAAAUUAGCAGAAUUUUGAAGGGUAGUUGUUAUGUUCUCAACAGGGUGUUGAGGACAAAAAUAUUCCAUGUACUCUAUACAUUCCUACUCUGUAUCAUGUUCAGAUUUCCAACUGCCUACUUGUUGCCUUCACAUUUUGAAUAAUUUCAAGUCAUGCCUUAUUUGUCAGUGUACUAGCUUCAUAGCAUCAGACUGAGCAAAUGAAUUAUAGCACCAGAAAAUGAAUGAGACUUUUGCCUAUUUCACUCUACUUUAGUUCAAAGAGGCUUAAUUAUUUUUACAGAUCGUUUUAAUAAUUUCUAACUGAAGAAAUUAUUAAAAUGUAUUUUCAAACUCAUAGUGGGACUUGAGUUAUGUGAUUAGAAUGUUUUAACUCUGGCACAUAAAAGGUAUUAAUAUACAUUUUGAUGAAUUGUAUUCUUCAAGUUGUUUCUAACUCAACCCAUAAUUCAUGAAACCAGAUUUAAGCCAGUAGAUCCUGGCUAAAGUUAAAACAAAUUUCUUCAAUAGGGGUAUGGCCCAAAUCACUUAUUUUGAAACAUUACCUUUCCUAUCUUAAAAUCUAUUCUUGCUCCAUAUAUAUUUGUCAUAGAUACAUGAAGGGAAUUGUGAGGUUCAUGAGGUGAAAAAUAAAAUGUCGUUCACUUUGCAUUUUUUCUCAAGAUUUAUGUACUCUGUAUUAUAAGUACACCAUUUUGUAUUAUGUAUGCAGGCAUUUUGUUCAGUGUAAUAAAAAUGGUUCUAAAAUACUAUAAACUUCUGCUGUGCAGAAGAUAAUAUGAAUUUAUAUAUAGAUAUAGAUAGAUAAAAUAUAUAUUAGGGAAGGGGUGUUAGAUAAUAUGUAAUGGUUUUUUAAAAUACUUUUUUUCUGAGCUGAGUCUCAGUCUCAGUAGAUUGAGUUGUAAGGAAUUUAUUAUUUAGAACAGUGUGGUCCAACCCGUGGCCUGUGGGCCACAUGCGGCCCACCAAUUCAUUUUUGUUGGCCCUUGCCCUUCUUGCUGGAAAAAUAUUUUAAUUAUGUAAUUCAAUAUUAAUUAUGUAAUUCAUUUUCUUUCUGGAAUGUCUCUGGUCCUCACAUUCCUAUACUAAAGUUUGACUGGCCCUCGGGGAACUAAAGGUUGGACCACACUGAUCUAGAACAUGCAAGCAAUUGUCUACCAAGCCAUGUUUUGGACAUCAUCUACACAGUUCUUUUUUCUGUCCUGAUAAUCCUGUGGUACUCAUUCACAUGAACACAAGAAUCAGUGGUACAAAACAGUUCUUCAGAUAGAAGGGAAAGAUUUAAAUGAAAUAGCUGGAGGGAGGGGGGAGCAGAUUGGAAAUAUGCUGUCUAUAUUGUCGAUUCAGGAAACCUAGGAAGUCCAUGAUAUGGCCUGUUUAUAACUCAAACUGUGUUCAUUACACAGUGACUAUCCAUAUUAAUCUUCUGUAACCCCACUUUUUUGAUUGCCUUUAAAAUGUCCCAUAAUCUCUACUUUCCUGCCACAUUCCCUCUUUGUCUCCAGUCUACAUCCAUUGGUGUAAACUGAUAGGUAGGCUGCACUCUAUUAAUGCAUCAGAGGAAAAAGAAGUGUGUGGAAUGUCACUCUUCCCUAUAGAUUCAAGCAAAACAAAUGGUGCAGCCUCUCAUGGCUUAUAUGUUCUAACCUAUUAAUAACUAUCUGAUAUUGCUUGGCUAAAUGUGUCCUACUUUUCAUCUAUGAUAUGUUGGAAAGUUUGCCAGUCAGGAGAAAAAAAAUACUGUCAAUUUACUCGUGCAUAUAAAGGGCAACCAGACCUUUGGCUUCUGAUUGCAAGUUUCUUUAAUUGCUACCAGUCAGCCUUGGUUUUUACGUUGUUCACAGACAAUGCAGUCUCUGGACUUCAGAAGUACUGGUGGUUUUCUGGAGUUGAUAAAGCUGAUGGUCUUUUCAUAUGAAUGAGUGACAUAUUUCUCAGAACUCAGGAUCAGAAAACAAACUGUGUGGUAGUGAUAGGAUCUAAAAAAAACUGAGGUAGAAAACAAAUUAUACUUGGCGAAGAAUUUAUGUUUCAUUUAUUCCUAUGAAUAUUUCUUGUUGGUACCUGUGGUACUCUACCAUGCAAAUGUUACAGUUACAGCACUUGUGCUAAGAAGGACAUUGUCAAGAAACUAUGCCAUUACUUUGAUAACAUUACCUUUCUAUUAAACCUGGACAACAGAUGCAAAGUUUUCUACCUGGACAAUCAUAAUCCCUUAAUGGCACUUGGGAAUGAAUGGUACAAAGUAAAUAGUUGUGUGGUUUUUGUUGUCUUGCAUGUGUCUGUUAUUCUUCUGUAAAAUAAAAUCUGGCUGCGCAGGAAUUUUUGUUCUAAGUCAAAACCACAGCUGAUGUUGAUUGAUUUGUCUUGCAUCUGAGAAGUUUAAAAUCGACAGAAGAUAAAUGGUUUAAUGUGAUUUUUAAAAGAAAUUUUAAAUCAUUGAUAUGUUUUUAUAUUUUGCCAUAUACUGAUUCAUCUGGUGCUCUGGUGAGGGGGGGCGGGGGGGGGAAUAGAACAUAUUGUCCUUUCUUUUAAAAAUAAUACAAAACACUAUAGACCAGAUGAUUCACUUGGCAAUCACAAAAUAUUGCUGGAGAACAUCUGGUUGGGCUGCAGGUCCCAAAUGUCAUAGCCAGCGUAGCCACUGAUCACUGGCCAACACACAUUUUGGUACCUCAAAUGUAAGAUCUGUUUCUGGGUAUAUUUGAUCUGCUGAUUCCAAAAAAUGGCACCGAUAUUCUCCUAUCAGCAAUAGAGAUACAGAACAUAUGUCAUAUACCAGUCUUCAUCUACUAGCCCACAGAAAAUCAUGAUACCAUAUCUAAGAAAGUAGAGCCAAUGUCUAUACAAUGCAAUUUUCUGAAUCAGUGCCUCAAGUAACCCCAGGAACAGGCCUAAAAACCAAGACACCAAUAAUUUUUAAGGUGGGACUGUGUAAUGGUCGGGGGACUUGCAGACCAACAAAAAGUGGAUUGUCUUUAUUCCUUACCUAGAAGGCUACUUGCAAGAUAGUUUAUUUAGUAUAUGCCAUAUUAAAAUACCCUUUAUUUACUUGACUCAUUUGUAUUGGCCAGCUGGUAAAGGAUACCUUGUUAUUUCUUUAAAUUUGUCUUUGACAGUGUCAAUCCAGUUUUACAGUGCUGUAAAUGGAACAGUUGGGUUUUUUCUUGGAAUACAUUUCUGUGUAGAUGCUGCCUGAUGAUGCUACCACAUGGAAAUCUAUUAACUCUAUGUUUCUGACUUUGCAACAGUUCUGUAACUAAAGGCAUCAUCACUAGCCAUUAAAGUUGGUAUUUUUAUAUCUUCAUUAUUAUCAAUAAAAUAUUUUAUCAAAGAAA